AUGCCUCGCCUUCCAGCUCUUUUGUGUUUCCUUCUGCCGCUGCUUCAGCGGCAGGGCGUUGACUUCACGUCUUCUUCGCUUUCAUUCUCUCUCUUGCCGUCAGUUGGCCUCGUCGAGGCGACGCGGGCGCGCCAGCGCGUCGGUGCUCUGGUCGCUUCGCCCGACGACAGCCUCGCCAAUGAAGAGGAUGACGAAGACAGCGUGUUGAGUGAGCAGGACCAAGAUGCGGAGGACGAAUGCGAGGCUCAGGCGGUCAUGCAAAGCAUGCUCGAGGACGAACUGAGCGGCGCAUCGACCAAUUUGAUGGCCGCCUCUCCGCAGUGGAAGACGCUGAGGGAGAAUCUGCGGCAGCACAUGGAUAACAAAGAGCUGUGCGCGCCGCAGACCGGCACAGGCCCCGUCUGUCGCCAGAUGAAGACUCUGGAAGAUGGCUCCAGCGAGGCGUCGGCGACCGCGACCUCGGAACUCAAAUGCGGCGGCUCGGCCUACGAGAAGCUGAUUGAGAGAUACGUGCACGAAAAGAACUGCAUGGCGGCGAUUGUCUUCUCGCACGUCCUUGCGCAGAACUGGCUGGGACACCUCGACGCGAGCAAAGCGACGAGCGGCUCCGAAGUCGAGCGCAAGGGCAUCAUCGAAGUUCUGGUGUCGAACUACAAAACAGCGAUGGACUCCGGCAUCCUCGAUGACCAGCUGUGGUACGUGUAUAAGGACGCUGCGCAGCUGCUCGAGGAAUUCCGCACCGCGGCGACGGACGGCUUGAACGCGUUCAACUCCGAGGACGUGCGUGCGGCGCUGCUGCGCCGCCGAUCGAACCAGGUUGCGAUUCUCUGCAGCGCCGGGAACGGCAACGAGGCGCACCUCGGCGCGAACGUGAUUGUGAAUGAAGGCAGCGUGAUCUUCCGCGUCAACCUCGACGGGCAAGACGCCGCGACGGUCGAAGCCUUCACGGCGGCUAUUAACACGUUUGCGCAGAAGUUCGUGCAAGUGGUGCUGGAGGACGGCGGGCUCUUGGACCGCGCCAUCGACCUGCACAAGCAGUUCUACCGCUUCCGCUUCUUCAAAGUUCAGGGGUUGAUGCAGAACGCGGAGCCCUCGACAGACGUCCGCGAACAAAACAAACUCAUGGCUGCUCUUCCCCUGGAGAAGCACAAGAAAAAGCACAAACAUAACAAGAAGGAGGACGAAGAACUGCACGAAUCUGCCUCCUUCCUUCAAGUCCAGGAGAUCCCGCAGCAGAUCCCUUUCCAGCAGAUGCCCCCGCAAGUCGCGGCCGUGCCGACUGCCGCGCCAAUCAUGCCCGUGACUGCACCCAUGACUCUCCCAGGCGCUGUUCAGUCGUCCAUGGCAUUCGUCCCCGAGGCGGCCGCGACGCUGGCUGCGGGGGUAGUCUCGCCUCUCGGCGUGCCCACAGGUGACUUCGACGUGAACGCCGCGGCUGCGCAGGCGUUCGCGCAGCCUCAGGAUGUCGCCGUGCCUGUCGUCGCCCAGCAGCCGCAGCUCCGCUCUGUCCUGCCAGUUGCGCCUCAGCCGAUGCCGGCGGACUUCCACCCGCAGGAGCCCCAGACGAUGCCAGGUCUGGCCGGCCCAGGCCCGAUGCCUCAGACGGUCGGCAGCCAGGGACCUGUCAACGGCGUGGUUGCCGAGCAGGACGUGGCAACCCCUCUUGGCGGUCUCAGCCCCCAGCUGUUGCAGCCGGUUGCUUCUGCUGCACUGGCUGCGCCGGCGGUCGGCGUCCAGCAGCAUGAACAAGAAGCGCCUCUUUCGCCUGUGGAGGCCUACGAGAGGGAUGCUGCGAAGAUGCAGCUGCCUGAGGCACAGGACGCUCGCCUGCCGAGUGUCGCAUCGGGUGCGAGUGAGCACCAAGCCGACCGCGCAGACGGGGACGAGCCUCAAAAGGACACAGAGGAGGCGCACGAAGCCAGAAAGGGCGCACACGCUGCCCACAAAGGAGAACUCGGCGCCCUCGGUAUCCCUGGAGAGAUGCCAGAAAUGCCGUGGAGGGUUCAGCAAAUGCCCAAGCAGACAAAGGCCGUCCCGAUCAAGCAGAAGGUCACCGCCAUCAUGAGCCGCCUGCGCAUGCUCAAGAUGCAGAAUGAGACGAUCGCCUACGAGGCCAACACUGAGGAAGUGGAGCGAAUCGUCAAGGCUGCAUACCUCGACAUGACGGACCGGGUGUUUGAUGUCUGGGGAGCUCUGCUGCCUCAGGCUGCUGUGACGACUACUGCACAGCUGCUCACGCUCCUGCUGCCGAAGCCCGACGUAGACCUCGCAGAGUUCUACAACAAGACUAUGGGUCCGGAUGGCACCAUCGUUGACGGCUACCAUGAUCAGCUGCCCGUCAACCACACCCGUCUAGUCGAGCGCUUCGGGGAAUACAUUGAGGAAGUGUACCGUGAUUGCUGGCGCAUCUUUUUCUCGACGAACGACAACUUCCUCGGGUCGUCGAAGCCGGUCGCCACUCCGCCAGUCAGCGAGAUGGUGGCCUCGAACAACAGCGCCAUCUCGGCCUUGGAACUCGCCGACAUGGCUGACGCGGCUGUCUCUGCCUUCACGGAAACUGCUUCCCGCCACGGCUCGGGUAACACCAAGCCGCUGCGACCUGCGAGAGUGGAGCACUCCUUCAUCUCGACUGCGGCUUCGGCAAGCAAGGGCAUCGACCUCGCCGUCGUGGACAGCUCGGAGGGCGUUCCCAUGUCAGAGCUUUCAAGCGUGUUCACCGACGAAGAUAAAGUCCAGGAUAUGACCGUGAAAGCAUUGCGCUCUGCGUCCUCUACGGUAUUUACGUCCUUCGGUGCCAUUAGCUGCGCGCUGCUGACUGCAGGCGCGACUUUGCUCUUGACGGCCUUCACCGCGUAA